GGGGUAUUCGGAAAGCAAGGGUAGCGAUGACCGCUUUUGGAGUGAGGCAGGUCGCGGCCAUCCACCGCUGCUGUGACUCACCCAGACAGCCCGGGGACUGGAAGGUGACUGGGGACCAGGAGCUGCCGGCGGCUUAUCCCUGCGAUAGAGGGUCCGGGUGGCCGGCAAUCGGACUCGAAAUCAAACGUCCCCUAGGGGCCACGGCGCCAGACCCGCCGGGGACCCUCAGCCCGGAGCGAUCCCAGCAGGUGGUUGGGGGCCCUUCCCAUCUAACGAUGUCCCGUGGGCGCCGAGUCCUGUGCCUGACCCCAGAGCUCUCCGGUACUCACCGAUCCCAGCCGGCGAAAGCGCCAUCCGGGGCGCGAAGGCUGUUCAGCGCAGGCGGGGCCGGGGCCGGCAGCGGCGGCGCUGUCCUGGAAGCACAGCUAGAGUCGAGGGACCGCCACGCGGUGAGAGCGGCGGCCGGGGCGCAGGACGCGGAGGAUCUUAUGCGCACCGACAUCUCCGGAGUUCCACAAUGCCGUUUGUCCCCCUGGGCUCUGUUUGGCACCGGCUGUCCGGCCAGAAGGCGCCAGAAGGGAGCUCAAUGCCUGCAAUCUUCACCUGCCCCUUGGAGCUGCUGUCUGGGCAGGCAUGGAGGUGUCUGUUCCCUGCUGAGGUUGACCAGCGAAAGAGGAAACAAAAACGGAAACCAGAAAAGCUUUGGGCUCGGUUAUCUCAGACCGCGUUUCUGUGACCUGGGAGGGCUGUAAGUGUGAAGGGCAGAGUCACGGUCCAUUACCUUCUGUCUUGGUUCUCUUCUUUGUCCAACAUCACAAAUUUUUUAAAAACUAUAAAAAUAAAAAUAAAAAACCGACACGACUUAGCAGUUUGGGUCUAAAUAUUUCCAGAUCCCUUCACUGCACAGUUUCAUUACCCUCCUCGCGGCAUUUUCCAGCUCGGCCCGACUUUGCUAUUGUGAAUUUUUAUUUGUGCUCUAUUGGGCUGAAAAAUCAAUCCUGCAUAUUUAUUCGCAAACUUUAAAGACUCAAAUACAAAUAGGAACUCUGUUUAGUGCCUCCUGCUGCAC